CGCUGCGCUUGCGCUGUGUGAAUCCAGAAGGCAAAGACCAGAGAGUGAAUCGCAUUAUCGUUUUUUUGAUGGCAAGGGCCACUGAACGUUCAUAAUAAUAAAACAAGUGAAGAGGUUUUGUAUCAAUCUCGUUUUGGUUCGAGCAAAUGGAGAAGGUAGGUACCGCGUCAUGGUUUUCGAAGCUGUGAAUCAAUGCGGAAAAAAAAUUAACAUUAGUGGCUACGAGCAAAGGUAGCUGGCAAUCAUUGGCACGCUAUUGGGAACACAUCAGUAAUGACAGCUGUUCACUUGUGGCAAUAAUACACAGCUGUAACGUUAGCAUAUUUUAGAAAGACAUUGCCACUCAGACAGCGUGCCGGCUUUUAAAAAUCUGGAUACGGUCUAUAGGGUUUUCAUAGCCUAUGUAUUAAAAUUAGAAGGUUAUGUAUUUGUUAUCGGGAUAGCCUGCUAAGUACUCGAACGAUACACAUGCGCAUUAUAGUUGACAUUAAUAUAGAGCCUAUGAUAUUCAAAUAAAGGGCUCUCCUUAGGUUUUCAUGCGAUUAAAGGUUAAAUGGAUUGCCUUGUAAUAUUAAGCAAUUGACAGCAAAUAAGAAAAUUAUAACAUAAGGAUAUUGUCAUCUUCCCAAAGCCAUUUAAUGUCAUUAUUUCAGCUCGUCUCUACAGAUCUAAUGUGCGCUUUUAUUAUUAUGUAUUGCUUCGUUUCAAAUGAAGUGUAGGCUACACAUGUAUUGGAAUAAGACAACUGUGUGAAGAGCACAGCAUGUUUUUAUGACGGGACGCCACACGGAAGACGCCGAGCCUCUUGUCUUUUUUUUUUUUUUGUGUGUGUGUGGGGAAUCGUUGGAGUGGUUCGAUUCCCUGAAUAACAGCUUGGAUGUAAAGGGGACAUUACAGUAAGACAUUCCGAAGAUGCCCAAGAGGUGGACCACAGCAACGCCAUGCAGCUAUCUCCCGGUCGUCUUGUUGGUGCUCGUUCUGCCCAGAUGUAUACUGUCGAUCCGUGCCGACAAAACCAUCAGCAAGGAAGACCACGUUAGUGCUACGGUCAAUGCCACCGUACUUGACUCAAAAGGCAAUCCCAAACAAAUUCUUACCAAGGACGAUGGCAUGUACGGACAGAAUUCACCGAAAGUGGACGCGAAAGGAAUCGUGAUUGGACCUGCACCGAAUCAUGGAGUGGUGGACCGCCAGGGCUGCGACCCCCACACUCGCUUCGUGGUGCCUCCCCGGACGGGGCACUGGGUGGCCCUGUUGCAGCGCGGCAACUGCACCUUCAAGGAAAAGAUCCUCAAGGCCUCGGCCUUCAACGCCUCCGCCGUGCUCAUCUACAACAACAACUCCAAGGAGGACACCGUCAAGAUGGGCCACGAAGGUACUGGCGACACGGUGGCAGUGAUGAUCACCGAGUCUUACGGCAAGGAGAUCCUGGGUCUGCUGGAGAGGAACCUGACGGUGCUGGUGAGUGUGGUGGUGGGCCAACACGGCCAGGCCAAGAACAUCAACCGUGGCUCCCUGGUCUUCGUCUCCAUCUCCUUCAUCGUACUCAUGAUCAUCUCCUCUGCCUGGCUCAUCUUCUACUUCAUCCAGAAGAUCCGCUUUACGAACGCACGUGACCGCAGCCAGGUAGGACAUAGACGUCGACUUGGAGAUGCUGCUAAGAAAGCCAUAGGGAAGCUGACAACCAGGACCGUGAAGAAAGGGGACAAGGAAACAGACCCGGACUUCAACCACUGCGCCGUGUGCAUCGAGGGAUACCAGCUCAACGACGUGGUCCGCAUCCUGCCCUGCAAACCAGUCCAGAUCAGAUAUCAGAAAUGCAAACGGGCCGUCUACCAUUUAAUGCUCUCCAUCCAUCCUGCUUAUCCAGUCUCUGUCGAAGAGGAGCAAUCAGAGGGGCUGGGAGAAGGGGAAGUGAAGAACACAGGUCCUUCCUAUGAGGCAAAAAGGGCAAGACUUCAUAUACAGUAUGUCCUCGUCCUCACAGAAGGUGUGGACGUGCUGAUAGUCAGGCAUCGACUAUCGCUAGCAUUAAAGGAAGUUGAAAGUUUCUGAGCAGGGCUCUCCAGACUGCCUUCCCUCCAGGACAUCUACAGCACCUGGUGUCACACGAAAGGCCAAUAAGAUCAUCAAGGACCACAGCCACCUGAGCCAUGGCCUGUUUACCCCACUACCAUCUAGAAGGCAGAGACCGUACAGGUUCAUCAAAGCUGAGACCGAGAGACUGAUAACCAGGCCAUCAGACUGUUAAACAGUCAUCACUACCACCCUGUACUCCACUGUUUCACCCACUUUACAUGUAUAUACUGUAUUCUAGUCAAUGCUCAUCCUAUAUAACUACUGCUGUACACACCUUUUCUAAUCACAUAUUGUCCAUAAUGUCUAUACACACUAUCAAAUACAGAUAGACCUGUAUUCCAGACCCUGACAUUGCUCGUUCUGAUAUUUCUUCAUUUGAAUUUAUUUUGUAUUGUUUGUUAUUACUGCACUGUAACAGCUAGAAACAUAAGCAUUUUGUUGCAUCUGCGAUAACUUAAGCGUAAUAUGUGUACGCGACCAAUAAAAUGAUUUGAUUUAACAUCGUUGCAACUGAUUUUAAAGUGUUUUUUUUGCCUCAGGCCUCACUCAACCUGCUAUUAUUUAAUUAGGUGAAUGCAAUGCAAUGCACAAUAAUCAUUAUCUCUGAACUACUGCAUGUAACGGCCGUUAGUGGAAGAAGGUGAGGACCAAGGUGCAGCGUGGUACGUGUUCAUAUUGUUUAUUUGAAACUGAACACUAAAAUGCAAAACAACAGAGAACAACCGAAACAGUUUUAUCUGGUGCAGACACAAACACAGAAAGCAACUACCCACAACCCAUAGUGGGAAAACAGGUUGCCUAAGUGUGGUUCUCAAUCAGAGACCACGUUUGACAGCUGCCUCUGAUUGGGAACCAUACCAGGCCAAACACCUAGAAACCAAAACAAUGCCCACCCCAACUCACGCCCUGACCAAACUAAAAUAGAGACAUAAAAAGGAACUAAGGUCAGGACAUGACACUAUAUACAUAAGUGUCAGUUAGUCUAACUAAAGAGCUAAUUUCUGUUUGCAAUCCAUAGGUAGGUUAAUUACAAAUUUGGAGUAACCUGUGCAGUUGACUGGUCAUGUUAGUAGUACCAAAAUGUACCUUUUUGAUUUGUGCCCUUCAUCACGUAUGUGGUUUUAGGGCACACUGCAAUGCUACCAAGAUGGAUAACUACUUUUUAUUGGCAACCUUGUAGUGUUUCGUAGAGGAGCGGGAAACACUUAAUGAGA